AUGCAGCAGGCUCAUCGAUCAGGAAGUCUUAAACAAAGUAACAAGGCUCAUAAGUCUCGACAUAGAUCAAAACGAGGAAUAUCUGCCGCUGUGAAGGGUAAAGUGAAUGUAAAGGAAUUUGUGCGUCGAAACCGGCACAUCCUCAAGAAAGAGGAGCGCCGUCAUCAAGCCCUUCAGAUUCGUAAAAACAAACGUGAAGAAGUUUUGUCAAAGAAACGCGCGCUCGGCGGUAAUCGUAAUCCUCCGUUCCUUGUGUGUGUGGUGCCGCUUAAUGCCCAGCUCGAUGUUCAGUCUGCGCUAGUUAUACUGAAGACGUGUUCUGAAGGAGCUAUUGUUAGUCAAAGUGAGAGUGGUGUCUUACAUAUUAGGCUACCACAUUUUAAACAGAGAUUUUCAUUUGUUUGCCCUGAGGUAGACAAUGACUUUGCCCUGCUUGAUGCACUCAAGAUAUCUGAUACAGUGUUAUUUGUGAGUUCAGCCUUGGAGGAGCCAGUUGAUGAAUGGGGUGAAAAAGCUUUAGCUUUGUCAAUGGCCCAGGGUAUGCCGACCCCAGUGGUGGCAGCUAUGGAUAUCGAGGGUGUUCAUCCUAAAAAAAGGACAAAUGAAAAGCAAAAUGUACAAAAACUCAUUUCUAAAUGGUUGCCCGAAGAGAAAGUUAUGCAGCUAGAUAAGAGUUCUGAUGGCUUAAACCUCUUGCGUAGAAUCGGUAACCAAAAACGGAAUAUAUUGCAUCACAGGGAAAAAAGGCCAUAUCUUCUUGCCGAGGAAGUUGAAUAUGUUCCAGAUAGUGAAGGAGAUCAUGGUACUUUAAAAAUCAGUGGCUAUCUCCGAGGCAUGCCCUUGAAUGUUAAUGGACUCAUUCACAUUACUGGGCUGGGUGAUUUUCAAAUGUCAAGAAUCGAUGGCUUGGACGAUCCCCAUCCUUUACACACAGGUAAAGAACAUGCAAAACAAGAUAUGAUGGAUGCCGAAAACAACAAAGUAACAAUACUUCAAGUUGCCAAUCCAGACAAACAAGAAUCAUUAGAGAGAGAGAAUAUACCAGAUCAUAUGGAUGCUGAACAAACAUGGCCUACUGAAGAAGAAAUUAUGGAAUCAAAUAUGGAGACCAAGAAGAAAAUUAAGAAAGUUCCCAAAGGCUGGUCGGACUAUCAGGCAGCUUGGAUUGUGGAGUCAGAUGCUGAAGAUAACUCUGAAGACGCCAGCGAUGAUGAUGAUGAUGAAGAAAAUGAUCAAUUUAUGUCAUGCGAGGAGGACGAAUCUGACAAAGAAGUUAAUGAGGAGGUCAACGACUUUGAAUCUGUCAUGGAAUCAGAAGUAGGACCUACGGAUGAAAGGUAUGAUGCAACUAUUGAUGCUCAUGAAGAACAUGAGAUGUUGAAAAAGUUGGCAGCGGCUAAGGAAGAUCAACAAUUUCCAGAUGAAGUAGACACUCCACAAGAUGUACCGGCAAGGGAAAGAUUUGUUAGAUACAGAGGUCUUGAAUCAUUUAGGACGUCUCCAUGGGAUCCUAAGGAAAAUCUACCACAGGAUUAUGCUAGAAUCUUCCAGUUUGAAAACUAUGACCGAACAAGAAGAAGGGUAUUUAAAGAACUUGAAGAUAGCCUUGAAAAUAUGUAUGGAUACUACAUAACAAUUCAUGUGAAAGGUGUUAGACAAGAUUUAUGGAAGGCAUUCCAUGAAUCAAAUGGCAAUACUCCACUAUCAAUAUUUGGUUUGCUGCCUCAUGAACACAAAAUGUCAUUAAUGAAUGUUGUUCUGAAGCGAACCGGUGUCAGUGAGGAUCCUAUUAAAAGUAAAGAGAGGCUCAUCUUUCAAGUUGGCUACAGAAGAUUCAUUGUCAAUCCAAUAUUUAGCCAACACACAAAUGGCUCUAAACACAAGUAUGAAAGAUUCUUUCAACCAGGUUCAACUUGUGUCGCUACAUUUUUCGCUCCCAUUCAGUUUAGUCCGUCAACAGUUUUAUGUUUCAAGGAGAAGAAGAACACAAAGUUACAGCUAGUAGCAUCCGGAGUGCUACUGUCAUGUAAUCCAGAUAGACUUGUUAUUAAGAGGAUAGUGCUUUCUGGUCAUCCUUACAAGGUUAACAAGAAGUCAGCGGUCAUAAGGUUUAUGUUCUUCAAUAGAGAUGAUGUCCUAUACUUCAAACCAUGCAAAUUAAGAACUAAAUACGGCAGAACUGGACACAUUAAGGAACCAUUAGGUACCCACGGUCACAUGAAGUGUGUGUUCGACGGUCAACUCAAGUCACAAGACACAGUACUCCUCAACCUCUACAAGAGAAUGUUCCCCAAGUGGACCUAUGAGGACUGUAUCGUUACUGAUAGAAAUGAAGAUCUUAUGGAAUAA